AUGGCCCGCAAACAAUCCCUAGCCAAACCACUAACCGGCCCGGACAACCUUCCACAACAGACACUCGUCGUCGACAACGGCGCCCAUACCAUCAAAGCCGGCUUCUCCUCCACCUCUUUCGAUGACAGUGAACCAAAGCCGGAGGACUGCCAGGUCAUAGCGAACUGCAUCGCACGCUCUACGCGAGAUAAACGCACCUAUGUCGGCCCGGAACUACUGGACGAAUGUUGGGAUUUCGGUGAGCUGGCCUUUAGACGACCGGUGGAGAAAGGUUUCGUCGUGAACUGGGAGGGGGAGAAGGCGAUUUGGGAGAGGAGUUUUGUUGACGAGAGGGCGAAGUUGAAGUGCAAUCCGCACGAAACGAACCUCGUCCUCACCGAAUCACCAAACGCACCAGCAGCCCUCCAACGAAACGCGGACGAGAUGGUCUUCGAAGAGUUCGAAUUCGCCAGCUACUACCGCACCACCGCCCCUACACUAAACUCCUACGGCCCCUCACCCUUCCCAUCGACUUCCGACUCAGCACCAGGCGUACCGCUUGGGUGCCUCCUAGUCGUAGACGUAGGCCACUCCCACACAACCAUCACGCCCCUCUACCACGGCCGACCCUUCCACUCAGCGUGCCGCAGACUAGAGAUCGGUGGCAAAACUCUCACCAACCGGAUGAAAGAGGUUCUUUCCCGCACUGUGGAGGUGCAGAAGGAGGAUUGGAUUGUGCAGGAGAUCAAGGAAGACGUCGGCUUCAUCUCGCAAUCCUUCAGCUCGGAUCUGGAGCGGGUGUGGAAAGGCGGGCUCAAGGAUCCUCGCGAGAUUGACACGUCCAUUGUCGUGGACUAUGUCCUACCAGAUUAUGAAGCAGUCAAGCGCGGCUUCGCAAGGCCGCACGAUCCAACCAUCAGCCGGAAGCAGCGUGCUUUGGGUCUGGAUGGUGGACCGAGAGAGCACAUCGUUACGAUCGGCAACGAGCGGUUUACCGUGCCGGAGCUGCUGUUCACACCUUCAGACAUCGGGAUGCAGCAGGCAGGCUUGCCUGGAACGAUUCUGCAGUCCAUCUACAGCCUUCCAGAGAACCUCUGGCAGCUCUUCUUAGCGAACAUUCUGGUCGUCGGCGGAAGCAGCAAGUUUGCAGGUUUCACUGAGCGGCUGGAGUCUGAGCUGAGAAGCCGCGUGAGCGAAGACUACAUCGUCAGAGUCGCGCAAGCUAAAGAUCCACUAAAGAAUGUCUGGCUCGGCGGUGCCAGACUGGCACAGAAUGAAGCUGUGCUCAAGGAGCAUGUUGUUACGCGGCAGGAGUACCUUGAGCACGGCGACCUCUGGACGAGACGCAGAUUCGCCGGUAAAGUCGGGCGAUGA